UGUGCCUAAGAAUCACUUCCUGAAAUGAAGAGCCUGUGGGCUGGACAGGCUACAGGGAGGAGAGAGAGUCCAGAGAUCCAGAGGACAGAUAUGCAAGAUCCAGGAGAUGCUGCUGAACUGGAACCUGUUGACAAACCUGGGAUACCCUGCUUUACUGGCUGAAAGAAGGGAGGCUCAGACCUGAGUCCUGCACUCAGCAGGCAGGGCCUCUGCAGGCCUGACUGAAGCUCUCAAGCCUGACUCCUCCUCCAGCCAAGGCUUCUGCAGAGAAUUCAUAAGAGGAACCCAUCUGAACAUUGCCCAACCUCCACUCACAGGGUCCAGAGGAAGACCAUCUGCCAUCUGCACAGACUCUGAUGCCUGCCUGGCUUCCUGGAGGAGCUGGGUCUCUUUCACUUUCAAAAACACUUUUACUAACUGAGAAGCCUUGGCCAGGGAAGCACGCAUCAGAGAGCCCCCUAAAAGAGCAGGAGCUGAAAAGGUCAUCAGAGACCAGGAUUCACAGGCCUGUUUUGAGCAACAACAAAAAGGAAAAGCAAAGCUCUGCCAACAAGAGCUGCACAGCCAAGCAUCAUCACCACGGAAGAAGUUCAGUCCAAGAAAGCGAGUGGCACAGAGGAGGCUCAGCAAACGGACCAAGAGGUCACGGAUUCCACCCAGAAGUUGGGGGAGCAGUGGGAUCUGGUGCCUCAGCAGACCAAAGCCCCAGCAGAGAAGGACUUGAAAAAAAGCUCAAGAAUCUCACACUCCAUGGAUCGAACUACCCUCCAAGCCACCUUACAACAUCUGAGCUCAAGCCUUAGUAACCUGAUACAAAUUCUGAUGUCAGAGUCAUCACCUGAAGCAGAAGGAGCAGAAGUUUCCCUGCAGCAGGCAGGCGCAACCACAGCAUUCAACGUGGAUCCCACUGCCCUCCCGGACUCCUUACAACUACUGAGCUCAAACCUUGGAAAUCUGAGACAAAUUCUGAUGUCAGGCUCAGUAUUCACAUGCUACAUGAAUCCCAUUACCAUCAAAGACUCGUUACAAAUACUGAACUCAAGCCUUGAAAAGUUGAGACAAAUUCUGAUGUCAGGUUCAACAAUAACACCCUACAUGGAUCCAACUACCCUCCAAGACUCCUUACAACUACUGAACUCAAUGCUUGAAAAUCUGAGACAAAUUCUGAUGUCAGGCUCAUUACACUCUCGGCGGUUCAGAUUACCCUCCGUGGAUCGGAUUACCCUCCAAUGCUCCUUACAACUACUGUACUCAAACUUAAGAAGUCUGAAAAAAACUCUGAUCUCAGGAGUCAUUUCAGAAAUACAUCAGAGUGAAGGAAGAGAAAAUCUUUACCCCACACAGACCUGGAAAGCAAAUGAUUUACUGAAAAAUUUCACACAGCUACUACUUCUACAAAAACCAUGCCCAAGAGGCAGGGAGACAUUUUCCUGGGAAGCAUGGCAUAAAUAUAAAGGAGAGGAGAGAGGACAUUUGAUUGAGAUCCAAGACUUAUUUUGUCCAAGCCCAGAUACCCAGAAAGAGCCUCAACUUGUUGUAUUAGAGGGAGCUGCUGGGACUGGGAAGUCAACACUGGCCAGGCAGGUGAGGAGAGCAUGGGAGGACGGCCAGCUCUACAGGGAUCGCUUCCAGCAUGUCUUCUACUUCAGCUGCAGAGAGCUGGCCCAGUGCAAGCAACUGAGUCUGGCUGAACUCAUAGCAAAAGACCAGACUCUGCCUGCAGCUCCCAUCAGGGAGAUUCUGUCUCACCAUGAGAAGCUGCUCUUCAUCCUGGAUGGCAUAGAUGAGCCUGAAUGGGUCUUGGAAGAUAAAAAUCCAAAUUUCUGCCUGCACUGGAGCCAGCCACAAUCUGUGAACACACUGCUGGGCAGUUUGCUUGGGAAAUCUGUCCUGCCUCAGGCUUCCUUGCUGCUCACAGCUCGAACCACAGUUCUGAAGAAGCUCAUUCCUUCCUUGGGGCAGCCACGUUGGGUGGAGGUCCUGGGCUUCUCUAAGUCUGAACGGAAGAAAUACAUCUACAAAUAUUUCACAGAGGAAAGAGAAGCAAUGGCAGCUUUUAACUUGGUUAAAUCAAACCCAGUGCUCUCAACACUGUGCGGCGUGCUGUGGGUGUCCUGGCUGGUCUGCACCUGCCUGAAGCAGCAGAUGGAUCAGGGAGAAGACCUCUCACUGACUUCACGGACCACCACAGAACUCUACCUGAAAUACCUUUCCCAGGCUAUCUCAGGUCGUGCCCUGGGGUACCAGCUCAGAGCACUCUGCUCACUGGCUGCUGAGGGAAUCUGCCAAAGAAGGACCCUGUUCAGUGAGAAAAAUUUUCAGAUCCAAGGAUUGGAUGAUGAAGUCAUUGCCACUUUCCUAAAGAUUGGUAUCCUUCAAAAGCAUCCUGAAUCUUUGAGUUACAGCUUUGCCAACUUGUAUCUCCAGGAGUUCUUUGCAGCAAUGUCCUAUGUCUUGGUUAAUAAUGUCCUAAGAUAUGAUUAUGCAUAUAUCUACAAAAGUGUGGAAACACUGAAGGAAGUCUAUGGAAGAUGUGAUCUGUUUGAGGCACCCAUUUUGUGCUUCCUAUUUGGUCUUUCAAGUAUAACAGGAAUAAGAGAAAUGCAGGAUAUCUUUGCCUGCAGUUUGCUUCAGGAGAGAGGGUUGUACCUACAACAGCACAUCCUAAAGGAAACCCAAUACCAUCAAUCAAAUGUUCUGAGUUUACUCCAUUGUCUGUAUGAAACUCAGGAUGGGGACCUCCUGACAGAUGUAAAGCACAUUUUUCAGGGAACAAUGGCUCAUGCCUCAGUGGAUAUGCUACACCCAGUGUUCCAGACAAACAUUAACCACCUGGUGGUCCAGACAGAUGUGGAACUCAUGGUGGUUAUUUUCUGCAUUAAGUUCUGUCACCAUGUGAAAAGGCUUCAGCUGAACGCUUGUGGACAACAGGGACACACGCCGGCGGCCCCCAGUAUGGUUCUGUCCAGGUGGACUCCAAUCACUAAUGACACUUGGAAGGUUCUCUUCUUCAAUCUUGAGUUCACAGGAAGUCUGCAGGAGCUGGACCUAAGUGGAAACCCACUGAGCCACUAUGCAGUGAGGAGUCUCUGUAGGACACUGAGGUGCCCUGGAUGUCAACUAAGGACAUUGUGGCUUGUCAAUUGUGGCCUCACAUCCAGCCACUGUGUGGACCUGGCCCCAGUGCUCAGUGCCAGCUCCAGCCUGUCUGAGCUAGACCUGCAGCUGAAUGACCUGGGAGACCAUGGUGUGAGGCAGCUGUGUGAGGGGCUCAGGAAUCCUGCCUGCAACAUCACAAUCCUGCAGCUGGACCUGGCUCCUCUCGGUGACCCAAUGAUAAUGGAGCUCAGGGCCCUGCAGGCAGAGAAUCCACAACUGCUCAUCUCCAGCACAUGGAAGCCACAUUUGAUGAUCCCUACUAAGAACCUGGAUGGAGAAGGAAUGGGUGACAUGCUGACCUCAUUCAAGCAGCAGAGACCACAGUCAGAUCACAAACACAUGGAACCACAGGAUACUGAAGAUGACUUCUGGGGCCCUACAGGACCUGUGGCUACAGAGGUGAUUGACAGAAAAAGGAACCUGUACAGAGUUGAGUUCCCUGUGGCUGGUUCCUACCACUGUCCCAACAUAGGACUCCACUUUGUGGUAACAAGGGAAGUAACCAUUGAUAUUGGAUUCUGUGCCUGGAGCCAACACCUGGACAAGACUCCCUUUCGUGUCAGUCACAUGGUGGCUGGACCUCUGUUUGACAUCAAGGCUGAGAAGGGAGCUGUGGCUGCUGUGUACCUCCCUCACUUUGUGAAUCUCCAAGAGGGACAGGUGGACACCUCUUGGUUCCAUGUGGCCCACUUUAAAGAACAUGCGGUAUUCCUAGAAAUGCCAGCCAGAGUGGAGCAGUGCUACACAGUCUUGGAAAACCCAAGCUUCUCCCCAAUGGGAGUUCUGGUGAAAAUUAUCUCUACUAUCAGGAGCCUCAUCCCCAUCACUCCCAUCACAUUGAUCUACUAUCAUCUCAAUGUUGACGAUGUCACACUUCAUCUCUACCUGAUCCCCAAUGACUGCACCAUUCGUAAGGCCAUUGAUGAAGAAGAAAUGAGGUUUCAGUUUGUUCAAAUACACAAACCACCCCCAGUAGACUCUCUUUACAUUGGCUCACGGUACAUAGUGUCUGCUUCCACGAACCUGGAAAUCAUUCCAAAGGAACUGGAGUUGUGCUAUAGGAGCCCUGGGGAAUCCCAGCUCUUCUCUGAGAUCUAUGUUGGGCACAUGGAUUCAGGAUUUAAACUCCAAAUAAGAGACAAGAAGAAUAGGAAUCACAUAUGGGAAGCAUUGCUGAAACCAGGAGACCUCAGGCCUGCACAGCCCAUGGUCCCUACAGCCCACAAAGAUGCUCCUGCCUUGCCACACUUUGUAGACCAGCAUCGGGAGCAGCUGGUGGCCCGAGUGACAUCAGUGGACUCUCUACUGGACAAACUGCAUAGUCUGGUGAUAAGUGAAGAGGAGUAUGAAGUGGUGCGAACUGAAGCCACCACCCAAGACAAGAUGCGGAAGCUCUUCAGCUUCAGCCGGUCCUGGAACAGGGCCAGCAAAGACCAGGUCUACCAAGCUCUAAAGGAAACACAUCCUCACCUGAUCAUGGACCUCUUUGAGAGGUCAGGUGGUGUCUCUGUGGGAUCCUGACAUCUUAGUGGCUGAGGGGUGAGCACACUUCUUUGAGACCUAGCUCCUUUGGCCUUCAGUUUCUCCAUCUAUAAACCAGUGGCCAUCUGAUUUGCCUGUCUGAUGUCAAUGCUUCCAGAACAUCUCUUGGGGACUCAGAUGUCACCUCUUGGCCUUCCCCAUCCUGUUCAUGUGGGAUGUGCAUCUCAGGAAACUUCCAGUGGAGCCAGCAAGUCUAUUCAGCCUUGUCCAGAUGACUUUCACGACCUGAGUGGCCAGUCUCAAAACCACCUGACUAAACAUGACACAAGCAGAACUGGGAGCAUGGGAAUGGAGACAAUAAGAUGGUGCUUUCCCUGGAAAGUGAAUUCUUAUGAAUAGGGAAGGAAGGGGGAUUCUUAAAUAUUUACCACCCUCAGCUUUUGUUGUCUUUAUUGAUUCUAUUUCUGUUUUCAGGUCUUGAUCAACUUAUUCAUUUACUUCCUUUGUUCUUUGUGUUAUUUAAAUGUUUUAAGGAAUUUGUUCAUUUCCUCACACUGUUUGGGUUCUCCUGUAUAUCUUUAAGGGAUUUAUUGAUUUAAUCUCUGAGGACCUCUAUCAUCUUUAUACAAAUUUUUAAGAUCUUUUUCUUGUGCUUUAACUAUGUUGGAAUAUUCAGACGCUGCUGUGGUAAAUAGGUGGGCUCUAGUGAAGGUAUUUUUGACUGUAUUUUUUAUAUAAUCAACUAGGAAUAUGGAAUUGGAAUGAUUAAAGGUCUAAGUACUGAUAUCUGGAUUUGGUUUGGUUUGGGAGGGUGUUUUGAACCUUUGUUUCUGUUUCUUCUGAUUUUAGGAGAGUGUCAUGGCUGUUUCCUGCCUGGGAGGAAAUUUUAUGCACCUAAUAUGUGUGGUCAGUGAGGUUUCCCAGUAAAAUGUAUUUCUUAACAUUGAUGGCUGACUCUUAGGAAUGGGAUGAUCUAAGAGUCUGAAGGAGUUCACAGGAGGGAGGAGAUCAGAGUGUUCAAGAAGGACCUGUGUCUUUAGUCUCCUAUGAGACUAAAUGAGAGGAGGGACAGUGAAAAGAGGUCACUCACAGGUCGGCUAUAGCACUGGGGGUGAGACAGGAUUGGAUCUAGACGGACAGAAGGAGAAAGCCUACACAGCCUACCUGCUUCCCUGGCAGGAGUAGUCUGUGAGUUAUCAGUGGGUGUCUGCUGGAAUUGGGGCCUGGGAUAAAACAACAAGUGGGGUAGGGAGGCUGGGAGGAAAAGGUCUGUGGGAUCCACAGGAGAUGUUGGCAGAGGAGGAAGGAAGACUGAAAAAUGGGUGCUCCGUUGCAGAGAUAGUCAUGAGACUUGGGCAUUGGGUUUGGGGGAGAGGAAGGAGUGGUGAAGGUCCUCAGUUAGCUUACCGGUUUCUCUGACUGUGCAGCUGCUGUGAUCACAGGAGUGAAUGUCAGCUGGUUUGGAGGCUGAGCUCCUGGGAUGAGUUGGGGAAAGGAAGGAUGGAGCAGACAGAAGAUCUUUGAGAUUUGAAGGGAGUGACAUCAGAUGGGAAAGGAGACCACAACAAGUGUUCUGUUUAGUUAGGGAUGAGGUUGGGGUACUGGGAGCUGAGGAGGAGGAGAGGAGACCUGCAGUCAGUCUAGCACAAAGGGAUAUUCCUAAUUCUCUAAGCUUUCUAGAACUCAAUGAAAACAAAUAUACAAUAUACUCAAAAAAUUGGAUACAAUGAAAGCAAUUCUAAGCACUAAGUGAAUACAUUAAAAACUACAGAGAUCUAAUACUAGCAACUAACAACAUACCUGAAAGCUCAAGAACAACAAAAGAAUUCAUCACACUCCAGGGGAGUAGAUUGCAAGAAAUAAUCAAACUCAGGGUUGAAAUCAGUAAAAGAUAAACAAAGAGAAAAAUUUAAACAAUCAAUACAAGAUAGAGAGAUUUUUCUUUGGGCUACCAGUUCUCAAAAAUGACACAGAAAUUUACUAUUAAUAUUAUGAAAUAUUGACCUUAGCUUACACUUAUCGUACUAGCUCUUAUAUCUUAACCCAUAUUAUUAAAUGUGCAUUCUUUUACGGAGCUUGUUUACCUUUACUCUGUAUUGCCUGUCCUGUUCCUCCACAUCUGACUGGUGACUCUGCCUUUACUCUUCCCAGAGCUCUCUGCCCCCAGAAGUCCUACC